CAUGCCAAUCGAAGAUGCCCGCGCUGAAGUAAUCUCGGUCGCUUCCUCCCACUCUGGGAGUCCCGCACUCCCUCCUUUGAAUCUCCUCAUUCCUGGACUGCGCCCAGCAUGGGAAGCUCAUCCCUUUGCGUCGAUGCUCUCUGCCGACCAACACUAUAUUACAACGGACGAUGAGCGGGUUCUGGACGAGCUAAGCGCUGCUUCCCGCGCUGCGCGUGCCCCGCUUCCGAGAACGAAACUAGGUGCUAGGGGUGGUGGCAAUUCCUCUGUGCAAGUGCGGAAGGACGCGGAAGUGCCGGUAUCCGGGGAAAGGUCGAGGGAGAUCAUGUGCCAGUCGGGAGUGCUAGAUUUCACCGUAAUUCGAGAUCAACCCAAGCUCAUUCUCCAGCUGCGACUGACAAAUCACAGCAAUAACAAGCCCACUGCUUUCAAGCUAUACCAUUCUGCUAAUGAAGAGCAACGCAAAAAACUGAAAGUCGAACACAACUGUUUCCCUACACAUAUGCUCGAUCAGUAUUCACGCAUAAUUUCUCUCUCCCCUCGGGUUGGUGUCAUUCAUCCUAUGUGCACGGCCGACAUCACCGGUAGGUUGAUAACUUCACCUCUGGAAGCAUGUCUAAUAAGGAGAUAGUGCAACUUAAGCUCAGGAACGUUGAACCCGAAUUUCUCGAAUUCCUCGGCCGGACAUCGACGAUCGAAGUCCGGACUUUGCUACUCAACCCUACGAAGAAGCGUAAAUGGAGCGAUUCCUCCCUGAAAAAGAUCUUCAAUGACAAGACCCACCGCAUUGCGGCCACAAAACAAGGGAUCCCGUUCUACUUGCCUUCGCUAGACUACGAACCCUCUCUGGCCCCUCACCACCCAAGUUCCAGCCUUGAUUCUGAUUCGGAUGUCAUCGAAGAUAUCCAAGAAACACGAAGAAUGCCGACUGCGACAGAGAUAUCCCGCAGGAAAGACCACUUGUUGAGGGAAACAGCAGAGGCGGAUCGCGUGCUGUUGUCGAGGCUCCAGGCACUUGCCGAUGCCGACAUCCCUUCUCAUAUCACGAUGGCUCAGGUCAACACUCCGCCGCGUACUAAGGAACGAGCGAAGACGUCUCAAACGUAUUUCUAUUCGACAGCUUUGUUGUGUGUUGUU